GUGACUUUAAGUUGAGUCGAUUCUCUAACAGGGACUAUUUUUAACCACCGACAAGAUGAAAGUAGAAUUUAAGGAUGCUUUUUGGGGAGCGGACUUUAUCAGUAAUAUCGGGUAUGAGACUAUCAGUCAGAGACUUCAUGAUGGUCGACGGACGUGCAAAGACAUGGAGGAGCUCUUGAAAUUGAGGGCAUCAGCAGAGGAGAAAUAUGGCAAGGAACUAGUCACAAUCGCACGCAAGGCUGGGGGUUUAUACGAGAUCUGCACUUUGAGAGCAUGUUUUGAUGAAAUGAAAACACAAAUUGAAAAUGUAGGAAAUUCACACAUUCAACUCUCUGCAGCCCUAAGGGAGGAGGUGAAAAGAAUGGAACAGUUUAGAGAGCGACAGAAAGAACAGAGAAAAAAGUAUGAAGUCAUCAUGGAGAAGAUCCAGAAGACAAAAGUCUCCCUCUACAAGAAAACAAUAGAAUCUAAAAGAUCCUACGAGCAGCGCUGCAGGGAGGCAGAUGAGGCAGAGCAAACCGCUGAGAAGACGGGCAACGCUCCCACAGCCACUCCCAAACAGAUCGAGAAGAUGAACAACAAAUCAAAACAGUGCAGAGAAGCUGCAGAUGAAGCUGAGAAACAGUACAAAUCAAACAUUGAACAGCUGGACAAGACUCGACAAGAGUGGGAAUCAACACACAUCAGCACAUGUGAGAUGUUUCAGCAGCAGGAGGAAGACCGCCUCAGCGUGCUAAGGAACGCUUUGUGGGUGCACUGUAACCAUUUAUCAGUGCAGAAUGUCGCAGACGAUGAGUGUUACGAGGAGGUGAGGAAAACUCUGGAAAAGUGUGACAUCAUGGAAGAUAACAACUGCUUUGUGGAGAUGAAACGCAUCGGCUCGAUCCCCGCAGCUCCAAUUGAAUAUCAGAAUUACUACGACAGAGAUGAUACAGGUGACAGAAAUGGCAGCGCUGGAUUUGUAGGAGGAGUGAUGAAAAGGUUUUCAAAUCUUCUGCAGUCAAACUGUUCCAGUGGCUCCAAACUGAGCAUCAAUGAACCAGUUGCACAACCUACUGCAGAGACAUCAGAGGGAUUAUACGCCUCCAUUCCUGGAUACCCGGGCUUCCAGCAGAGCAAUGAGGAGUACAAGGUCAUUUAUGACUAUGUGGCACAGGGGGAUGAUGAGCUCUCGGUGUCUGUCGGGGACAUUGUUGUUGUAACAGAUCAAGGUGAAGACGGCUGGUGGACGGUGAAAAGGAACGGCUUUACUGGAUUGGUCCCAGGAUCUUACCUCGCCAAAGAAUGAGUUAAUCCUUCAUGCAUUAUUUUGUGCUGGCAUUGUCAUUUCAAAUUCCCGUCUCUGAACUUCAUAUAUAUAUAUAUAAUAUUGCAUGCAUCAAUGAAUCCACUAUGAGUAGGAUUUAAAAUUUCAAACUCUUCACCCCAGUUAUAUGGUAAAAGAGCACAGCGACAGAGAUUUGACCCUGAGACCAUGUCAGUGAAGAGCUGACCCCUAGUUUUCACAGGGCUUGUCUCAUGCCGUUGGACUAAAGAAAGACACUUAUCGCAUAAUGAUAGAAGCUGUCACAUACAGUAGCACAAGACAUUGUUAAAUGAUGAUUUAUUUAUUACUGUGGCACAUAUUCAUAUUACUUUGCCCUGACUGCUGGUGUUUUUUUAAUGCUCCUCUCAACAAGCAGGGAGUUUGAGUUAUCUGUUGCACAAGAUCACUGCACUAAUUUUGAUGAUAUACUGUGGCAUUCUUAUACAUCUGCAGUCCUAAAUGUUGGGCAGAAUGUUUUAUUCUCUGUUGUUUGACUGUAUAUAAUUUCUAUGUGUAGUUAUUGUUCAUAUUCUGAAUGCUAAAAAUGAAUUGUUUGUGAAUGGGC